UUUCUUUAUCAAUACAUGACUUUCUUUGUAACAUGGUCAAAAAAAAAUAAAAAUGAAGAUCUAUUUUUAUACACUGAUUUAAACAAAGGAUGUAUUUUUUUUUUUUAAAUUUAUUUUCAGUUUACUUCACUGCACACAUGUCAUUGCAUAAUGCUCACAUUUGAGACGAGAAUAAUCAUCGUAUUACCUGGUGUCACAUAAUAAACCUUAUUCAAUAAAAAAAAUCAUUGUAAAUUUUUAUUCGAAAUUUAAAUGAAGCUAGUUUAUAUUUUCUUCAUUUAAAAAAAUUCACAUUAUUAUUAAGUUUGUAUAUUUUUAUUCAAAAAAAGAAAUAAAAAUACUUGAAAAGAUUAAAAAUAGAGACAAAAUUAGAAUAUAUAUAUAAAAAAAAAAAAAACCUACCGAAAGGGGCCAAAGUUGUUUUAGGCUUUGCGCGAAAAUAGCGCGUGUUAAACUAUCAAGCUAGCUUUUAUUCUGAAGGCAUCAGUUGACUACUGGAAAGCAAGUCAUUCACAUCUUUCUUUGAAUAAUAUAACGCACACACUUGACAUUGAUAAUUGUCAUAGCAUUAUUAAUCAUUAUCAUCACGUCAACAACAAUUUACUUUGGUCCAGAAGAACACUAGUAGUGUUGAUAAAUUUUAAAAAAUAUGAAAAACAUCGUAACAAGUCAUAAUUGUCGUUCAAUAAUUGAUGUAUGUGAAGUUGAUGAUCCUCAUGAUUAUCAUAUUAAUUUUGAUAAUAGAAAAUUAUCAAUGAAAAAUAAUAAAAGUGUAGCGGAUGUAUUUACUGAAAAAUCAUUUAAAUGGGCACAAUAUUCAAUCGGCAAAUUACCAAUUAAAUUAACACUUGGAAACCUUGGCUUUGUGGCUAUUGUACUUGCUGUUAUUCUUCCACGUUCAUUCACUUAUGCAAUUAUUUAUCCAAUUUUCAGACUUGUCUUUGGAACAUUGUAUCCUGCCUAUGCUUCAUACAAAGCAGUUAGAACUAAAAAUGUCAAAGAAUAUGUAAAAUGGAUGAUGUACUGGAUUGUAUUUGCUCUAUUCACAUGUGCUGAAACUUUCACAGAUGUUUUCUUCAGUUUCUGGUUUCCAUUUUAUUAUGAAAUUAAAAUUAUUUUGGUACUGUGGCUUUUGAGUCCAGCAACAAAAGGAUCAAGUAUACUUUAUCGAAGAUUUGUUCAUCCAGCAUUGAUAAGACGUGAAGCUGAAAUUGAUGAUGCAUUAGCAAGAGCAACUGAGCAAGGUUACACUGCUGUUCUUCAUCUUGGUACCAAGGGAGUCAAUUAUGCUACAACUGUUCUCAUGCAAACUGCAAUAAAGGGAGGUGGUGGACUUGUCCAGCAAUUGAAAAAGAGUUACAGUUUGAGUGAUUUAACAGGCGAAAAAGAUGAUGAAAAUAGAAAUACUAAAAAUAAUGAUGAACCAGAUAUGACAGUUGAACCACGUCGAAGAGUAAAUCCAGGAAGAAGAGGAUAUAGUCCACGUAGAACACAGUCAAGUAGCAACAGAGUUGACAUGUAUUUUUCAGAGGUAGAUGUUGAAGUUAGACAGCCAACAUCUAGAGAACCAAUAUCUAAUUUAGCUAAUAUCAAAUCAUCGGAUGACAUAUCAAGUGGAUAUAGCAGUGGUGAAGCAAUGCAAGUACAACGCAUGACACCAAGCUCGGAAUCAUUGAUGAGAACAUCAAGUGUUGGUGCAAGAACAAGAUCAUCAAAGCCACGAACAAUAACAAAAAAAUCACCAGAGGAGAAAGAAGAUGAUGAUGAUGAAGAUGAGUGGCUUAAUUUUACUGCUGAACCAAGAAGAUCGCCGACUUCUUUGUCCCACAUAAGUGCACAACAAGCUCUUGAAUUAUUUCUUUUAAUAUCAAGCAUAAAUAACACCCCAACAAAAAGUUGUGAUGAUUUAAAUAAUACAGAAUCUUCAUCUGUUUGUUCGUUAUUAAAUACUCAAGAUGAGACUGUUGAAAAUAAUGAAAAAUCAAGUAAUUUAAUUGAUUCAAUAAAUGACAAAAUUAUUGAUGAAUCAAGUAUUGAUUAUUCAUCAAAUAAUAGUGACAAAAAAAUCAUUGAUAUUUGUAAAAUAACUGAAGAAAUAUGUCAUGAUAAAAUGAAUGAAUUAAAACGACUUUUAACAACAGCUCAUAAUACUGUUGUUCUAAAUUCACAAGAUAAAAUUGACAAUAAAAUUACAAAUGAUAUUUGGACAACUCCAUCAACAUCAACACGUAGCUUAGAAAUAAAUAAACGUGCAGGAAAAUAUCAUAAAAAACAAGCUCCAAAAAUUCCAAUAUUAUCAACAAUAAAUUUUCAUAAUGAUAAUAAUAUUGUUAAUAACAACAUAAAUAAUACUGAUAACAAGCUUUGCAACUCUUCCACGAAGCAAGAAACCAACAAAGAAGAAAAUUCCAUGAGACAGGACAUGUGCUGAGUACAGCAUUAUGGAAGAAAAUUGUAUACUUGCAACAAUAUAAAAAACAAUUUGUAAUUAAAAAAAAUUAUUGAAUAAUUUUUAUGAGCUGAAAAUUAAUCAAU